CCCGAGCCGCUCCCCGUGCCCCGAGCCGGCGGCCAUCCCGCCCCCCGGCGGCCAUCACACGCCCCGCCCGGUGCAUGCGCGGCGGCGGCGGCGGCAAGAUGGCGGACGGCGAGCCGAAGCGGCGGAUCCCGCUGGUGCCGGAGAACCUGCUGAAGAAGAGGAAGGCGUACCAGGCCAUCAAGGCCACCCAGGCCAAGGAGGCGCUCCUCAACAAGCGGAAGCACCAGAAGGGGAAACAAAUCCAGUUUAAGCGCCUUGAAACUUUUCUUCGAGAUUCAUGGCGCAAACACCGAGACGAGGUCCGGCUGAGGCGCAUGGAGCAGAAACCUGGACAGGUGGCUGUGCCUAAGGAGCACAAACUAGCCUUUGUUGUGCGGAUUACAGAGAUUAGGGGAGUGAGUUUGAGGGUAAGGAGAGUGAUCGAGUUGCUGCGGCUGAGAAAAAUUUUCAGUGGAACAUUUGUUAAACUGUCUCCAUUAACGCUGAAGAUGCUGCGGAUUGUGGAACCUUACGUGGCAUGGGGAUAUCCUAACCUGAAGUCUGUACGAGAGCUUAUCCUGAAACGGGGCCAAGCAAAUGUUAACAAGAAGAAGGUACCUCUGACAGACAAUAUGCUGAUAGAGGAACAUUUAGGGAACUUUGGUAUUAUUUGCCUGGAAGACCUUAUUCAUGAAAUCUAUUCAGCUGGGAGGUAUUUCAGAAAUGUCACAGAGUUUCUGUGGCCUUUCCAUCUGUCAGUGGCCCGCCAUGCUGCACGUAAUAAAGUGGGUUUCCUCAAGGAAAUGGGUAAGCCUGGCUGCAGAGGUGAAGGAAUCAACCAGCUUAUACGUCAGCUGAACUAGACAGGGUCUUUGUGAAAACAUCAGGAUUUAGAACCUGUUCCUCUUCACAUGUAAUUUUCACAGACCUUGGCUGUCUACAGUGAUAUACUACAUCUUUUGACUCUUGCUGCCUCUUAAAAAAUAAACAUAGAUGAUGAUGGAGAUACAUUUUGGGCUGGUCCUUCUUGAGGAAGAAGAGAAACUGUAUUUGGUGCAAGAAAAAAGUGACUUGAACUUCCUGGAGCAAUAUGACUGUGCUAUCUGUAAAAGAAGGUGUUUUUAAAUUUAUUUUUUUUAUAUUCCCUACUGCUGGCUCUGUAGCAAUUAUGCCCUGAAUAACACCUUUAGUAUAAAGCAUGGGUUGUCACUUCCUGAUAUAAACUUGUUACAAGUGACUUGCACCAAGUGCUUUCGUCCAGUCCUCCCCAAGGGAAGAAGUGCUUGAAAUUGUUCUCGCUGUUGAAGUGCACCUCCUUGUAGGUGUAGAUGGGUAGUGCAGUCAGCUGGUUGUUGCUGACAGGCAGAGGAAAACACUAGCUUUACUCCUCUGUUACCACAGGGAACAGUGUAACACUUCUUGAAGCAGCUAGAUUGUAUUUAUUUAAAAAUCCAUGAUUUUGUCCUGCUGAUUUACAAAACGUCUUUGCAGCUGUGCUAGAUAGGGACUGCUGGAGAUAAAUAUUCUCUGGUAGGAAAGCCUGUUAUGCAUACUUCACAGCUGUAUUACAAAACUAUUCAAUAUUUUUUAAAUAAACUCUUAAAAUGAUAUUGUUAUACCA